ACGCAAAGUCUUCUUGGAGGACUUUCUCGCGUUCGCAGCAUAUGUACUUGAAUUUCAACCAUUUUUAUAUCAAGUUCGAUGAGACUAACCCAUGAAUCUAGGUUCUAUUUACUACGACUCAGUGCCUAGGUUUCCGCCUUAUUCAUGGCACGGGGCUGUUUGUACACCAGUGGGACGUUCGUGUGAGAGACUUAUCUGAGUUUCUUUGGGUUGUUAGCCUUUGUCUUGCAUUUUAUUCGAUCGUAAUAAUGAAUCUGAAGGUCGCCAUACUUCUAGAGUGGAAACGAACAUUUGUUCCAUCCGGAACUCGUGGUUUCUUCUUCUGGACUUGCUAUUUUAUGAUAUUUAUAAACAUCAUAUUUUAUACCUCAGGAUUCAUUGUUGUAAACCUCUCUUGUACUCCACAUAAGAAAAUAUGGGACGAAACAGUCCCCGGAACAUGUUUCGACAGGAAAGCCGUCGAUGUUUCAUCUGCCAGUAUCAAUAUUGCUUCACAUACACUUAUUCUAAUUCUUCCUCAUACUGUUAUAUGGAAACUGAAUAUGACAACACGGAAAAAAAUUAAUGUUUCGUUAGUUUUUACAAUCGGCAUUUUGGCUCUUAUUUCUGGCGUCUUCCGACUGAUAACGACGGUCAAGUACUUCCAGACUCAAGAUGCUACUUAUGCUAUAUCUCGGAUGGCAGUUUGGGGUGCCGCGGAAAUGGUAUUUCUCCUCUUGGUAUUCUGCGCACCUACUUUCCCAAGUGUUUUCCACGAAAUGAAGCUUCUAGCUAGCCCCUUUACAUCAUGGAUGAGAUAUUCCAAGUCGCUGCCUGAUAGUGAUGGCCCAGGUGGAAAAACCCGUUCAAGCCACAAAUUACCAAUUUUCAACCAACUAUCCUAUAAGAGAAUUGAUGAAGGCGGUAUUACUCCUCAGGACUUGGCUUUCCAGAGACGUGCAUCCCUUAACACACCUGUACAAUACCAGGCAUCUUACAAUAACCCACCCAAUGCACCCUUGGAGCUAGAUAUACUUCGGACUAUCUAGGUGAGCAAGCUGGUAGGGGUGUAUUCAAUAAGGCGUAAUAGAACAAAUUUCCUUUUUAAUGUUAUGAGAUUAUGAACUCACAAUGAUGAGGUGUUGGCAAUCUGUAUUUAACAUAGAUAAACCCAACCAGUAUAUUGAAAUCCUUCGGAACAGAUCUCAAAGAAAAA